CGUUUGCACUGAGCAGACUGUGGUUAUAAGACAGACAGAAAGACGAAGACAUGAUGGACGACGACAGGCGGAUUAAACCACUGUUACUGAUGAUACUGAUGCUUCCGUUCACUGGAGCUCUGACCAGACAGUUCUACCUCUAUUUAACCGUCAGAGACGGAGACGACGUCACUUUGCUUCAUGAGAAUGUGGUUGAUGAUCAACGUAACUGUGACAAAACAACCUGGAUCUUUGUUAAUUCAAGAAGCAGAACAUCAGUAGAGCUGGUUACUCUGGGACAGAUCAGAUCUAAACCAGACAGACUGAGACUAACAUCAAACUGUUCCCUGGUUAUGAAGAAGGUCUCAGAUGAGGAUGUUGGUCUUUACAUCUGCAGACAUUUUGACAAAUCAGGACAAGAACAAGGUCCAGAUGCUCUGGUUGUUCUGUCUGUUGUAACCAUGACUGAACACGAUGACACUGACCAGGUGAAUUUAACCUGCUCUGUGGGGACAUUUGGACCAUGUAGACAUUCAGUGAGGUGGCUGAACAGAGAUAAAGAAGUGGACAAAGACAACAAGGAAUUAAUAACAUCUCAGUCUUCCUGUUCUGCUUCUGUCCGGUUUCUGACGACUCAUUUCAGUUACACAUCAAGAUAUAAACUGUUUAAGUGUCAAGUGUCCACAGACACUAAAGAAGUGAAGCUUUUUACCUUCGGUCCACCAGGUGAGAACUUGAAAGCAACAAGUGAAUCACAAGGUCCAGCUGAGAACAACAGAAGAACCGACGCAACAACCACAUCUCAGUGUACAGUCUCAACACGCUUCUGUUUCUCUUUGACCGACAAUAGAAAGCUGCAGCUGAAACAUGUUCUCCUGUCUCCUCCAAUGUCUUCAUUGUCUCCAUUGUCUCCUCCGUUGUCUUCCAGACUGGUUGUGGUGCAUCUUCGUAGCCGUGGGUUUAGCAUUUCUCUCCACAGCUGUUGUGGCCGUCAACAUCUGGACCAGAACUAAAGGGAAAACACCAGAGACGGAUGGAAACGCUGUGGGUUUAAGAAGCUGAAUGCUUUGGUUCCAUGUGUCUGGAGUUAUUCAUGUGUCGGAUGCUUAGAAGUCGGAGAAGUUACGCUUUAGUUUUUUCCAGGUUGGUGAUGAUGCAGAUGAUGGAGUUUAAUUAUCAUAUAGAACAUCUCUACAGCCUCCUCAUGUAACGACCUGAGCCAUGUGCUUGUGUUGGUUUUAUUUUGGAUUUUCGCUGUUGUUUGCCUUUUGUUGGAGUCUGAAUUUAUCCUGCUUUUAAACCAUUAAGUUGAAUUAAAUUGACUUUUAGUACUUUGAAGCUCCGCAGGUCGUAUCUGUGCGCAGCUCGCCCCUGUUUUUUGACUUGUUCUUGUAACUUUGCACAUUUUAUUUGCUUUGUUUUUCCCUGUUUCUGCCUUUUGAACGCCCGGUUAUGCAACACAUUAAGAAACGUCUUCUUGCACAUGUUACUCAAUAAAGUCACCAACGUGUAACAAAAGCUAAAAGUGUUUGUUUCAAUGCAUGACUGAACAAAGACAGAAUUGCAAACAAUGAUUUUUAUUUUUACUGCUCUCACAUACGCCGUCUGUAUUUGCUUAACAACGUUAGUGACGUUUUAGCCAACAUGAGUUCAUAACAAAAAUAAGUCAAAAUAAGUUCAGCACAAGUUCACUGAAAGUUUAUAAGUGUGACAUGAUGUUACAUUUUUGUUUUCCUUUAGUUGUCCCGUUUGACUUCGCUUACACUUCCUCUUGAACUUCUCACCUCAUUUCUAUGCAGAAGUAUGACUCAAGAAGUGUAACGUACCUUUGCAGCAGAUCAGAGUGGAACAGACGUGAGCGUGGAUUAUAAAACGUGUUGUCACCUCACGUUCGAUGU